AUGGAUUCAGGCCCGGAGCACCCAGCUGUAGCUGUCCUCUCCCAGGCGAGAGGCGUGUGGAGCCGCCGUAUUGAGUUUGUGCUGGCCUCCGUCGGCUACGCUGUGGGCCUGGGAAACGUCUGGAGGUUCCCUUACCUGUGCUACAGAAAUGGAGGCGGUGCAUUCUUCAUCCCCUAUGUCAUCAUGUUGUUCCUCUGUGCCCUGCCCAUGCUACUGAUGGAGUUCGCCAUUGGCCAGUUCACCCAGAGAGGGCCUGUGCAGGCUUUCAUUCAAAUAUGCCCCCUGCUAAAAGGGGUCGGUGUGGGUACGGUGGUGGUGUCCUCCAUCUUGAGCGGCUACUUCAACAUGCUCAUGAGCUGGAUCCUCUUCUACCUCUUCAGCUCCCUCAGCCCCACUCUGCCCUGGCAGUCGUGCAACAACACCUGGAACAUCCCAGACACCUGCUCGCUUGAGUUUGCUGCCAACGGCACGUCCCUGCAAUCAGCUAGCCAGCAGUUUUUUAAUUAUAGGCUGCUGGAGAUCAGUGAGGGACUGGACCACAUGGGCCAUAUUCGUUGGGAGCUGCUUGGGUGCCUUAUCCUGGCCUGGAUCAUAGAGUACUGCUGCAUAUUUAAAGGGGUCAAAUCAACUGGAAAGGUAGUGUAUUUCACUGCGCUGUUCCCCUACAUAAUGCUCUUCAUCCUGUUGGUGUUCACGGCCAGACUGCCGGGCUCUGCAGACGGCGUCCUCUUCUUCCUCACGCCCAAGUGGCACAAACUCAUGGAGAUCCAGGUUUGGAUUGAUGCCCUCUCACAAGUCUUCUUCUCUAUCGGUGUUGGAUUUGGUGUCAUGGUCUCCAUGGCCAGCUACAACAACUUCCAAAACAAUAUCCUAAGGGAUUCUGUUAUUGUGAGCUUGGCCAACUCGGUGACCAGCGUGUUUUCUGGAUUUGUCGUGUUUUCAGCCGUGGGACACAUGGCUCACACCAGGGGCGUCAGAGUGGAAGAUCUGACUGUGGAAGGUCCAGGCCUGGCGUUUGUGGUGUAUCCUGAGAUCUUGUCGGCCAUGCCUGUUCCACAGCUAUGGGCUGUCCUCUUCUUCAUCAUGCUGCUCUGCCUGGCUUUGGAUAGUCAGUUUGCGCACUUAGAGCUGGUGACCACCACAGCGAUGGAUGCCGUUGGACCAGGCUUCCCCUUGUGGCUGAGGAGGAAGGAGGUGAUGGCCUUCCUGGUAUGUCUGCCCAGCUUCCUGGUGGGGCUGCCAUGCAUCUUUCAGGGUGGGGUCUAUGUGUUUCAGCUGAUGGACCAUUACACUGUGGCUGUGUCCAUUCUGGUGCUCUCUGUGCUGGAGAUCGCUGCCAUCUGCUGGAUAUUAGGUGUGCAAAGGUUUUCAGUGAUGCUCAACAGGAUGCUGGGGAAAUCUCCAAGUAUCUACUUUAAGGUUUGCUGGGUGGCUCUCACACCUCUUCUGGUCAUGGCUACUUUAAUAACGAGCAUAGUGCAGCACACGCCUCCUCGCUAUGGGAAGACCUAUCAGUUCCCUGAUUGGUCGAAAGCUGUGGGCUGGAUGUUGACUAUGGCCUCUAUAGUCUGUAUUCCCAUUGGAGCAGCUCACGAUCUCUACUCCAGGAAAGGCUCACUCAUGGAGCGGUUAAGGGCCUCCGUAUCCAGCACUCUCCUGAUAGGCCAUGAUGACGUCACAGGAUCCUCACAAGAACAGGAAGUCUGCUUAUCACCACUGGAAGCAUGCUCACACAGCUAACUAGGAGUCGAAUAUGAGCU